UUCUGGAUAUCUACUCACUUAAUUUCAUAAAAAUGCUUAUUAAAACUUGGUAUUUACUGGGACUUUUACUGCUCUCGUUAGUGUUUUCAUUCGCUGAAGCAGCCAAAUACUUGACUGAGAAACCCGAUAUUCUUAUACCCUGCUCCUUGGAUGAUGCCGGCUUCAACAAUUGCCUUGGUAGAAAUCUGCAAGUUAUGCUAACUAACUGGAAGGAUGGAGUACCUGGUACAAAAACAGUGGGACCCUGGGAACCUUUCUCCAUAAAACGAGUGAAACUGUCACAAAAUGACAACAGUGCCCUUGCCAUUAAUGCAGACCUUCGAAAUAUUGUGGUCAGAGGCGCCAGUCAAGCAGUGGUCAAGGAGACCAGGUACAAUCAGAAGCAAUACAAACUCAGAGCUCUUUUAAACAUCCCAAAGCUGAGCUUUGAUUUCGACUACAAAGUAAGGGGUAAUAUUCUCGUAUUAAAUCUUAAUGGUCAAGGCAAGGGUCAAUUCGAAGCUGGUAAAAUAACGAUGGUUGUUGAACUUGAUGUCAAACCUCGUAUUACACCAGAAGCUAACUUUGCCGAUUUGCAACACGUGAAAACUAAUAUCCCAGAGAUCGGCAGUUUCAAAGUCAAACUAAACAAUUUGUUUGGAGGUGAUAAGCAACUAGAGGAGACCGCUCAUACGAUCAUCAAUGAAAACUGGCGUCAGUUCGUCGACAUUCUGCGACCUGCCAUUGAACAGGCAAUUGAGGCGGUAAUGUCAGAUCGCUUUACGAAGCUAUUGAAUUAUCUUCCGGCCACUUAUCUGAUUGAGAACUUUCACUAAGUGGAAAUAAAUUACAUGUCUCGUAUUUUGAUCAAUCAAA